AUUUGUGAAUGAACUUUGCUAAGUAUGGAUUCAGGUGGUGGAAGUCUUGGAUUGCACACAUCAGACUCUAGAAUGGCACAUACCAUGAUUAUGCAGGAUUUUGUGGCUGGAAUGGCUGGUACUGCGCAUAUCGAUGGAGACCAUAUUGUUGUUUCAGUUCCUGAGGCUGUAUUAGUUUCUGAUGUUGUCACAGAUGAUGGGAUAACUCUUGAUCAUGGCCUCGCAGCUGAAGUUGUCCAUGGGCCUGAUAUCAUCACCGAGACUGAUGUAGUAACAGAAGGUGUAAUUGUUCCUGAAGCCGUGCUUGAGGCUGAUGUUGCUAUUGAAGAAGAUUUAGAGGAAGAUGACGGUGAUCACAUCUUGACGUCUGAGCUAAUUACAGAAACUGUUAGAGUACCUGAGCAGGUUUUUGUGGCUGACCUUGUUACUGGUCCUGAUGGACACUUAGAACAUGUGGUCCAAGAUUGUGUCUCAGGAGUUGACUCUCCCACAAUGGUGUCAGAGGAGGUUCUUGUAACUAAUUCAGAUACAGAAACUAUGAUUCAAGCAGCUGGCGGUGUUCCUGGUUCUACAGUUACUAUUAAAACUGAAGAUGAUGAUGAUGAUGAUGAUGAUGAUGAUGAUGAUGAUGUCAAGAGCACUUCUGAAGACUACUUAAUGAUAUCUUUGGAUGAUGUUGGGGAAAAAUUAGAGCAUAUGGGGAACACACCAUUAAAAAUCAGCAGUGAUGGUUCACAAGAAGAUGUUAAAGAAGAUGGAUUUGGUUCAGAAGUAAUAAAAGUGUAUAUAUUUAAAGCUGAGGCUGAAGAUGAUGUUGAAAUAGGUGGAACGGAAAUUGUCACAGAGAGUGAGUACACCAAUGGGCAUUCUGUAGCUGGAGUGCUUGACCAGAGCCGAAUACAGCGGGAGAAGAUGGUUUACAUGGCAGUUAAAGAUUCUUCUCAAGAAGAAGAUGAUAUCAGAGAUGAAAGAAGAGUUUCUCGAAGGUAUGAAGAUUGUCAGUCAUCAGGAAAUACUUUGGACUCAACAUUAGAAAACAGAAGUAGUACAGCAGCACAAUACCUUCAAAUUUGUGAUAGCAUUAAUACAAAUAAAGUACUUAAACAAAAAACUAAGAAGAGGAGAAGGGGAGAAAUGAGGCAGUGGCAAACAGCUGUUAUAAUAGGCCCUGAUGGACAGCCCCUGACAGUAUACCCUUGCCAUAUUUGCACGAAAAAGUUUAAAUCCAGGGGAUUCUUGAAAAGACACAUGAAGAAUCAUCCUGAUCAUUUGAUGAGAAAAAAAUAUCAGUGUACAGAUUGUGACUUUACAACGAACAAGAAAGUGAGUUUCCAUAACCACUUAGAAAGCCAUAAGCUUAUAAACAAAGUUGACAAAACCCAUGAAUUUACAGAAUACACACGAAGAUACAGAGAGGCUAGUCCACUGAGUUCAAAUAAACUUAUAUUAAGAGACAAGGAGCCGAAGAUGCACAAGUGCAAAUACUGCGACUAUGAAACUGCAGAACAAGGACUGUUAAACCGACAUUUACUGGCUGUUCACAGCAAGAAUUUUCCUCAUGUUUGUGUUGAGUGUGGGAAGGGCUUUCGACAUCCUUCUGAACUCAAGAAGCAUAUGAGAACCCAUACUGGUGAGAAGCCAUAUCAAUGUCAGUAUUGUGUCUUCAGGUGUGCAGAUCAAUCAAAUUUGAAAACUCACAUUAAGUCUAAGCAUGGUAACAAUUUGCCAUAUAAAUGUGAGCAUUGUCCCCAAGCAUUUGGUGAUGAGAGGGAACUUCAACGCCAUCUGGAUUUGUUUCAAGGACAUAAGACACACCAGUGUCCUCAUUGUGACCAUAAGAGCACCAACUCAAGUGACCUUAAGCGGCACAUCAUAUCUGUCCACACUAAGGAUUUUCCUCACAAAUGUGAGGUCUGUGAUAAAGGUUUCCAUCGUCCUUCUGAGCUCAAAAAGCAUAGUGAUAUCCAUAAGGGUAGGAAGAUUCAUCAGUGUAGGCACUGUGACUUUAAAACAUCAGAUCCAUUUAUUCUUAGUGGUCAUAUCCUUUCAGUUCAUACUAAGGAUCAGUCAUUGAAGUGUAAAAGGUGCAAAAGAGGGUUCAGACAACAAAAUGAGCUCAAAAAGCAUAUGAAGACUCACACUGGAAGGAAGAUUUACCAAUGUGAGUAUUGUGAAUACAGCACUACAGAUGCAUCUGGCUUUAAACGGCAUGUGAUAUCAAUACAUACAAAAGACUAUCCACACAGGUGUGAAUUCUGCAAGAAGGGAUUCCGAAGACCAUCAGAAAAAAAUCAGCAUAUUAUGAGGCACCACAAGGAGGCUCUUAUGUCAUAAGAUCAAUAUAAAGAAAGAAGCUAUUUAGAAAAUAUGACAUGAUACAUGGAAAGAUAAUUUCAUGAACUGUUUCACCUGUUUACAAAGCUUGAUAUUAAAUCAUAAAUUUACAUUCUUUUUACUAAAGAUCUUAAGAUAUUUGAAUUGAGAGGGGAUCUCAUAGCCCUUGGAAAUUAGUUAAAGAAUUUAAAGAGCACCAUAGAAUGGUUGCAGAAAAACUUAUUGUCUAUUUAAUAGUAUUAUAAGCAUAAUUCAGCUACAGAGGGGAAGAGCAAAGACAACCACUUUAUUUGGCUGAUCAUACUAGAGACAGAUGUUUCUGAAAAGAUCAUAUCUAAUUGAGGAGUUUAGCAAUGCUUUGCUAUUGCAAGCAGUCACUUUUAUGCCGUUUUAGAAAUGGAGUGGGGAAAUAAAAUGCAGUCAUCCAUUAGUCACUUAGUCAUUGAGCCUUUAUAUGGUACCCGGAAAUUGAAUUCCAGAAAUGGCAAAAGUUUUGUGUAUUCAUCAAAUGAAAUUUCACUGGAAAACAGGUUAGAUUAAUUCAAUACUAUUUAAAAGAAUUUCAGAGCUGCUAAGAUUUUAACACAGGAUAGGAUGUUUAAAAUAUAGCAUUCUGUACUGAAGUCUAAAGAUUAAAGUUCCCCUUUUUCUGAUGUUCAAGUUGAUUGUUGUUCAGUGUGGCAUAUAUGACAGAAGUAUAUUUGAGUCAAAUGUGGCUUUCUAAAAUGGAUGCAACAGUAAUGUUGCAAAGUUAGCACUAUAUUUCUUAAUGUAAAGAUUAAAUUGAGAGAACACAGUUUUCUUAAAUAUUAUGUUUAGAGGUUUUUUUAGGACAGUCAUAGCAAGUAUGAUUGUUCUAGUCUUACUUGCUCUAUUGUUUAAAGGUGCAAUUUUAUGCCAUUAUUGAAAAUUUUGAUUUUUAAAAUCUAUAUACCAUAUUAUUAACAUGAAUUUUCAAUAUGGGGCAGUAUUUAUGCGGUAUUUAACAAAAACUAUGCUGCCAAUAGAGCUUGGAGGUGGAUAUUCUGUUUACAGUGUAUAAAUUUAAAAUAUGCAUCCCUUUAACAAUGCUUCAUGUUAGCAUGCUGCAAAUCAACAUGGCGCUUAAAAUAAAAAGCAGGUUUAGGGAAAUUUAAUGAAAAUCCUGUUCAUAAAUGUAAUGCAUAUGAUGUGUAUUUUUAAGUUUUAGUUGCUUCAUGUUUACACUCAGCUGUUAAACAUAAUUAAAAUGUAAUUUUACUUCAUGCUAUAUUGUGGCUUUGUGUUUUAAAUAAUGUUCACCUUUCUGUUUUUGCACCAGAUAGGAAUCAGUUCCUUGAGAAUAAAUUUUUUAUCUUUCUUAACUUCAGAAUAUUAAAUUUGGAAAUCUAAAAUUGUGUGUCAUGUGAUUGUAAAUGAUGUACACGCUGUAAAAUAAGAUUGUCACUGUUACGUGGGAUUAUUAUUUCUAAAUGUUACUCAUUGAAAUGAGCAUACAAUAAAAAGCAUUUAUUGCACUU